AUGUCAACGAUUCUUAUGAUGAACGAAGUGAAACAUCCAUCGGAUGGUUGGGAUCUGGUUUCACAGUACAAUCCUGUCGUUGGACAGACACAAUGGAGACUGGUUCAACCAGACUACGAUUACGCUCAGGAGGUUGCUCGGUCUGCUUACGGGGACAUGCUGCACGACACCGACCGAAACCAUAAGUACCGUCUAGCGAUCGAACACGCUUUGAAACACCGAAGAAGUAGUCAUCCCGGCGAAGCAAUUAACGUGUUGGAUAUUGGUACAGGGACUGGUCUUUUGGCCAUGAUUGCCGCCCGCGCAGGUGCAGACAAAGUAACGGCGUGCGAAGCGUUCCUCCCAGUGGCUAACUGCGCCAGGACAGUUUUGCUAGAAAAUGGGCUUAGCGAGAAAAUAAAUUUGGUUACAAAGCGAUCAAACAAACUUGUGGUUGGCUGCGACCUCAGUGAACGAGCAAACUUCCUAGUUGCGGAGUUACUGGACACAGAACUGAUCGGUGAGGCCGCGUUGUCCACCUAUAAACAUGCUGCUGAGUGCCUGUUAAUGCAAGAUGCUACUCUUGUGCCCUACGCUGCUGAUUUGUAUUUGCAGGUUGUGGACUCUCCCUUUCUCUGGUCGUUCAAUCGCUUGAAGUCGUUCCCGUCGGACGACAACCCAUCCCUCAUUCGCCUCCGAGAUUCAUUCAGCAGUGACGUGAUGCAGAGAUGUCCCGGAGCGCCAUCAGUUUUCGAUAUUCAGGCUUCAGAGUUAGAAGCCUUGGAAACUGAUUCUUCUGAGCCGUUGGGCGACAGGCAGUUGCGUUGCUUACUAGCUGAGCCGGUACGCGUGAAACGAUUUGAAUUCGGACCUCCCAGUGCACAAAUAAAACUAUCUGAUUCAUUUCUUAUCACAAAGACAAACAAUGGGGACCCUCUGGUGGCCGUGCGCGAUGGAUCGGUUCAUGCUUUUAUUGUCUGGUGGCGUUUAAAAAUGGAACCAACGGAUACUGUGCCUGACAUCAGCACCGCGCCCAAAUGGGCCAAUGACCCCGAGUAUGCUUGGCGCGAUCACUGGAUGCAAGCAGUCUAUUUCCCGCGGAACUCCGUUGCAGUCCGUAAGGGUGAUCCUCUCGGAAUUCUGUUCAACCAUGACUCCUUUGCACUAUGGUUUGACCUGGCACCUGUUUCCCCCUCUGAAAUGGUGGCGCCUGUCACCGAGCCAGUUGAAAGACCUGUAUGUGGCUGUGGGAUGCACUAUGCAUGGUCACGUGACCGAAUCGCUCAUUUAAAUACAGAAGAAUAUCGCAUGCUGACGGGAACAAUUCUUGACCGGAUAUUUUCCAAAUUGGGCGCUUCGUCUGCUCUGGAUCUUGUCGUUGUCUCAGACUGUUCAUUAUUACCCCUCAUGGUUGCUGAACUAUCAUGUGUCCAUUCUAGACAACAUCAAAUCAACGUCCAUCAUGUGGAAACGGCCCUUGGCUCUCUCCGUUUCCUAGAGGGAGUAUAUGCUGGGGCUAAAUCGAAUGGUUUCAAUAUUCAUUUGUUUGAGUCGAUGGACAAAUUCAUUGAUCAUUACAAACAGAGCCAUGAGUCUAUCAGUAAAAUAUCCCCAAACCCUCCCUCAAUUCUUAUGGUUGCUGAACCAUACACAGCUGCUGGGACGCUACCUUGGGACUCAGUCUAUUUUUGGUACGCUCGAAAUCAGCUAGUUACGGCUUUUCCAUCGAUUCCUCCCACUUGCUUAUUGUGCCCAUCUGUACUGCGGAUUUACGGCGUGCUUGUCGAGUUGCGUGAUUUGUGGAAAAUCCGAGCUUCCAUCAACUCUUGCGAGGGAUUCAUCCUAACUGCUUUCGAUGAUUUAGUUCAGUCUGCGAUGAGGAAGACGGAUGCAUUCAUCGAGCCACACCCGCUUUGGGAAUAUCCGUCAAAGGCUGCUUCUUUGCCAGUUAUUGUUUUCGAAAUGAAACUUGAUAAGGCAAUCCAAUCAGAUGACGCCAUAGUAGUGAGCCACGGUUGCAUGAAGGCAACUUCCUCCUCAGUGAAUGCAAUUGCAUUUUGGGCUGAAUGGUGUGUGCCGCCUGAUCAGUUGAACCCUACCAGUGAGUUCUACUACAGUCCGGCUGGUCCGAGCGUUCCUGUUGUUCCUGGACAACCAGUCCGCUGGAAACCCGCAGGUCCACAACAGGGUGUUUUGUUCGUACCCACAGAUUGGUCCAAAGGACUGGAUACGUUGUCCGACAACACUACCUUCUCCGUUGAUGUGAUCUUUAAUCCCCUCAGUGGUGAACAUAGCUUUUCAGUCAGUAUCUUCGAUGCCGAUCGACUGCAUUUAACCCUUCAGUCAACAAUCUCUUCAUGCUAG